GUUCAUUUGUCAUCAGUGCUUUCAUUGUGUUUUGUGCGUGUUUUUAAUUUAAUUUUUUUUGGUAAUUUUAGUUUAAGUUCUAUUUAGUUUUUAGUGUAAACAAUGAACGCAAAGUAAUACUUUUUAAGUAUAGAAAAAUAAGUGUAAAACAGAUUAUAUAAGAUGAUUCUAUUCCUGAUAUGUGGAAUACUUCAAUUGGUUGCGGGCCAACAAUUUCAGCAGCAACAGCAACAACAAAAUCAGUUUCAAAUACCUCAAACUUAUGAUGACUACAAUAACCAACGUUACAAUGACCCAUUCAAUACGAAUCCAAAUUUAAAUCAAAAUCUUAAUACGAACACGCGAUUCCGUACCGAUAAUAAUUUUAACGAUAUAAAUCAGGAUAAUACUGACUUCGCUAAAAGGCCUUCAGGCUCCUACGGUGCUGAAGAGGAAUUAAACUUUAACCGUGGAAAAUCAUCAUAUAAUGUUAAAGCCAGCUUUUUGGAAACUUUUCAUUCCAAGGAACCGACAUACUUUAUAGUUGCUUCACGGAUGGUACGGCCUGGUCUUAUAUAUCAAGUUGCUGUCUCCAUAUUACAAGCUCAGUAUCCAAUAACUGUGCAUGCAGGAAUUUCUUGUGAUGGUGUCCAAAUAAGCGGAGAUUCGAAAGAUGUAAAGGAAGGAGUUCCAGAAACUCUGUUGAUGCGUAUACCACCUACCAGUGUCGGUGGUGAAUAUAAAUUACGUGUUGAGGGUUUCUAUCAAAAUGUACUUGGUGGAUUAGCAUUUUUAAAUGAAACCAGUUUAGAUUUUUCACAGCGUUCAAUGACAAUUUUUAUUCAGACCGAUAAACCACUCUAUAUGCAAGGAGAAACUGUACGAUUUCGCACUAUUCCAAUAACAACUGAACUAAAAGGUUUCGAUAACGCCGUCGAUGUUUAUAUGUUAGAUCCAAAUAGGCAUAUUGUUAGACGUUGGAUUUCUAGACAAUCAAAUUUAGGUUCCGUGUCACUAGAAUACAAACUUUCGGAUCAGCCUACAUUUGGAGAGUGGACGAUUCGUGUAAUAGCACAAGGACAGCAAGAAGAGAGUCACUUUGAUGUCGAAGAAUUUUAUCAGACACGUUUCGAGGUAAAUGUAACGAUGCCAGCUUAUUUUUUCACAACCGAUCGUUACAUUCAUGGUCGUAUAAUGGCGAAUUUCACAAGUGGUCACCCAGUACGUGGAAACUUAACACUUAAAGCCACAAUUCGACCAAUUGGUUAUUUUAGUAAUCAGGCUUUGAAUGAAAAGUAUCGCUUGGGUCGGUCGCCAUCUGAGGAAGCACGUCUGUACCAGGAACAAUUUUAUCGCAACCAAUAUAAUUCGAAUCCACAACUGGUAGAAAUUCCUGAAAUUCGUCCACAAGAUACUCUUUAUCGUAAUCACUAUGUAGUGGAGCGAAAUUAUCAAUUCGAUGAGGAAUGGCCUUUUUGGGUGAAAAAACCAGAUAUUCCAGAAACUUAUGAUACUGCGACUGGUACUUAUCAAAAAACUUUACCAUUUUUACGUUACUUCAAUGGUACUUUUAAUUUUAAAUGGCCUAUAAAUGAGUUAGAAGUGCUGGUACCAAGUUUGGCAGGCAUGGAAGUACUUAUAACAGCCACAGUUGGAGAAAAAUUCUAUGAUGAAGUUAUUUCUGGGUACGCAAUUGCACAUGUCUAUAAUUCAAGUAUACGCGUUGCUUUUAUGGGUGAAACGCCACAAGUUUUUAAACCUGCUAUGCCAUUUACUGUGUAUCUUGUUAUGGAAUAUCAUGAUGGUUCGCCAAUCGAUUUAGAACUACUUCAACUUGGUAUUAUGGAAGUAACAGGUUUUGUUGAAAGUAAAAACGGUGGACGCCGUGAUUGGCCCGCUCAACGUUUGAAAAUGUCCCAAGAAAGUCCAGGUAUCUGGGAAGUUAAAAUUGAUUUGCGUAAUGACUUACAAUUGGAUGAGCGUCCACAGUCACGAGAUUUCUUAAAUGGUGUCACACAGAUGCGUUUACAAGCUAACUACAUUGAUCCACGUAAUGAGCGUGCUCAAACCGAACUAUUGUUGGUUUCACAUUAUUCACCUCGCAAUCAACAUAUUAAAGUAUCUACCAGUACGGAGUCUCCUACCGUGGGCGAAUACAUCAUAUUCCAUAUACGUACUAACUUUUAUUUGGAGGAUUUCAAUUAUUUGAUUAUGUCAAAAGGUGUUAUUUUGAUGAAUGACCGUGAACCAAUAGUCGAAGGCAUAAGAACAAUAGCUGUUGUAUUAAGCGCAGAAAUGGCACCAGUUGCUACAAUUGUUGUUUGGAAAAUUACACAACAAGGUCAAAUUGUUGCAGAUUCUUUAACUUUCCCAGUAAAUGGUAUAUCGCGCAACAACUUUACAGUGUAUAUUAAUAACCGAAAGGCCCGUACGGGUGAAAAAGUAGAAGUGGCAAUUUUUGGUGAACCGGGCUCAUAUGUUGGACUUUCAGGAAUUGAUAGCGCCUUUUAUACGAUGCAAGCUGGUAACGAGUUGACCUAUGCUAAAAUAAUAACGAAAAUGUCGUCUUUUGAUGAACAAACUAAUGGAACCUAUAAACAUAUUUGGCACUCGCAUGCUGGUAUUCCAGAUGAAUUGGUUUACUUUCCAGCCUCUUCAUUUGGUAUCGACGCAAACCGUACCUUCGAAUAUAGUGGCUUAAUUGUUUUUACAGAUGGUUACGUACCACGACGUUAUGACAGCUGCAAUCGUACGUUGGGUUAUGGUGAAUGUUUAUCAGGACGCUGUUAUCGUUUAGAUAAAAAAUGUGACGGGUUCUUCGAUUGCGAUGAUGGCACCGAUGAAAUUGGUUGUCAGGUUCGUAACGAUACGGAAUUAUUGAACUACAGAAAAUAUCGCUUCAAUCGUGUUCAACGUCAUUAUGAAAAUGUUUGGCUAUGGAAAGAUGUGAAUAUUGGUCCACAUGGGCGUUAUAUAUUUAAUAUUGAAGUACCAGAUCGACCAGCAUACUGGAUGGUUAGUGCUUUCAGCGUUAGUCCAUCUAAAGGUUUUGGAAUGAUUAAUAAACCAAUAGAAUAUGUUGGAGUACAACCAUUCUUCAUUAAUGUCGAAAUGCCUACAUUUUGCCGUCAAGGAGAACAAGUUGGUAUACGCGUAACUGUGUUCAAUUAUAUGACAACGCCUAUUGAAGCAAUUGUCGUAUUGCAUGAGAGUAAGGAUUAUAAAUUUGUACAUGUUGAAGAAGAUGGUAUUGUGCGAUCUUAUAACCCACGUACAUCAUUUGGUGAACAUCAGUCUUUCAUAUACUUGGAAGCUCAAGGCACAACAGUUGUAUACGUACCAGUAGUGCCACAACGACUAGGUGAUAUUGAUGUCACCCUACAUGUAGCUACAUUAUUAGGCACAGAUCAGAUUACACGUAGAUUACAUGUUGAGGCAGAUGGCUUACCGCAAUAUCGUCAUCAAUCAUUACUUUUAGAUUUGUCAAAUCGUGCUCAUGUCUUAGAAUAUAUGCAUGUUAAUGUUACACAAACUCCGGAAAUACCAUAUCAAGUUGAUCGUUAUUUCGUUUAUGGCUCUAAUCGAGCACGUAUCUCUGUUGUGGGAGAUGUCGUAGGUCCAAUAUUUCCAACAAUGCCAGUUAAUGCAACUUCAUUACUUUAUCUUCCCAUGGAAUCUGCAGAACAAAAUGCUUUUUCUUUCGCUGCUAAUUUAUUUACCGUUUUAUAUAUGCGACGCAUCAAUCAGAGAAAUAAAACAACUGAGAAACAAGCUUUCUAUCAUAUGAAUAUCGGUUAUCAACGUCAAUUAAGCUUUAUGCGACCUGAUGGUUCGUUUUCCUUAUUCCGUUCAGAUUGGAAUAAUUCAGCCUCUUCAGUCUGGCUAACUGCAUAUUGUGUCCGCAUAUUCCAGGAAGCAUCAUUUUAUGAAUGGGAAAAUUUUAUUUGGAUCGAUUCAACAAUAAUUGAGAAAAAUGUACGCUGGUUAUUGCAACAUCAAACACAAGAUGGUGCUUUUUAUGAGGUUACCUGGCUACCUGAUCGAAAAAUGAAUCGAACGAAUUUCGGAAAUCAUUCAACUUUACAUAAUCGCAAUAUUACACUGACAUCUCAUGUUCUUAUUACUUUAGCAACAGUUAAAGAUCUUCCUGGCUCUCUGGGAGCUCGAGUAGCUUUAGCACAACAGCGUGCCGUUAAGUGGAUUGAAAUGAACAUGGAAUUUCUUAAAACAACGCCAGAACCGUAUGAUGUAGCCAUAACUGCAUAUGCCCUUCUACUGUGUAAAUCACCUAGUGCUGAGCAGGUUUUCACUAUACUUAGGAGUCAAGCGCGAACUAUUGGUGACUUUAUGUAUUGGGGUAAUAAAGAGGUGCCGCAGCCACCAAAGAAAUUAGAAAAUCAAAAAUGGUUCUCACUGCCACGUUUACCUUAUGAGUUUGACGCUUCGAAUAUAGAGACAACGGCCUAUGCACUGCUUGUUUAUGUGUCAAGACGAGAAUUUAUAGUAGAUCCGAUUGCACGUUGGUUAAAUGCGCAGCGUUUGAACGAUGGUGGUUGGGCAUCUACACAAGAUACCAGUGCUGCUUUAUAUGCUUUAGUUGAAUAUACUGUUCAUUCCCGUAUUCGGGAAGUUUCUUCUUUGACUAUCGAAAUAGAAGCUUCGUCGCAAGGUGGUAAACCACAAGUUUUAAAAAUUGAUGAUACGAAUUUGGCGCAGUUACAAAGUAUAGAGAUUCCUGAUGCUUGGGGUACAGUGAAGGUACAAGCUAACGGCGCUGGUUAUGCUAUACUUCAAAUGCAUGUCCAAUAUAAUGUCGAUAUCGAAAAAUUCCAAACAAAACCACCUGUGCACGCAUUCGGUCUACAUACUAAGACUAUAUUCCAUGGCAGAAAUCAGUCACAUAUUUCAUAUGUAACUUGCCAAAAUUGGAUUAAUACACAAGAAUCAGAACGUUCUGGAAUGGCCGUUUUAGAUGUUAGCAUACCGACUGGUUAUUGGAUACAACAGCAAAAACUUGAUGCUUAUGUAUUAAGUAAUCGUGUGAGAAAUUUGCGUCGAGCUAAAUAUAUGGAUCGUAAAAUCGUGUUUUACUUUGACUAUCUUGAUCAAGAGGAUGUUUGUGUAAAUUUCACAAUUGAGCGUUGGUAUCCAGUUGCAAAUAUGUCACGCUAUUUGCCCAUCCGAGUUUACGAUUACUAUGCACCAGAACGUUUUAACGAAUCUAUUUUCGAUGCUCUGCCCACUUAUUUGUUGAAUAUAUGUGAAGUAUGUGGAAGUUCCCAAUGUCCUUAUUGUUCAAUAUAUAAUAUAAGCUGGCGUGCGUCGAUGUCAGUAACAUUAGUGUUGUUUAGUGUAUUCAUUUAUUUAUUAAGAGCUCGCAUGUCAAUAUUUUUGCAUGUUCUACACACGAUAGUAUAAGGAAAUUCUAUAAAAAAAUCUCAUAAAAUUCAAUAAUUUGGCUUACAGUGACUGUUAAAAUGCAAAGAUAACAUUGUUUUAGAAAACAUUUGUAAAUGUUUCUUAUGGAGUUAAAUUUUAAAUUUAAUUUAUUAUACUUUUGCUUAUAACGAUACGAUACGAACUAAAUAUAAUUCCGUCCAUUUUGUCUGGUCAAUUAUGUAUUGCAAUGCGAAUAUGCAGAAUAUAUUUUUAUUUACUAUUUAGUAUAAUAUUAGUGCUUAAUUUUAAUGAAUGAUGCUCUUCUGAUGAGCAUAUAGGAAUAAUAAGUGCAUUAUGCGUAAGAAAUCUCAUUUAAUAUUACUUGUUAACCGUUUGCGUGGCUUGCAUAUGCAUUUUUUGUAUUUAUAUAUAUACGCAUUCAUUUAUUUCCAAAUGUUCAACAAUUGUUUGUAGUAUUUUUAAGUUGACAGUAAUUUGUAAAUCGUAUAGAAAGAAUCAAACAAAACUUUUAAAUGUACAAAUCAGCAGAAGUAGACAAAGCUUUAACAAUUAUUGGCUAUUAUAGACUAAACAACUCAUUAUGUAUAUGACGAGUUCAAACAAAAAGGUUUUCACUUUUUCUAUGAUUGUAAGUGUCUUAAUAAUCAAAUUGCCUUAGAUUUUAAAAAUCAAUAAGUCUUUAUAUACAAUAUUAAUUUUUUUUUUAACAAUGACAAGUGUUUGAAACUAUGUCAAGUUUGCUGUAUAUUCCCCUAUUAAUAGUUUAUAGUAUAUAAGUAUACACAUAAACGAAUAAAAAAUAAAUAUUUUUUUACACUAUUUUGUAAAUUGAGAUAAAGUAUGAACACAACAAAAAUUAUUAAAUUGGUAAAUUGGUAGAGACUUUUAUACAAGUUUGAUUGUAAUUUCUCCGUCCUUUUUUCUAAAAGUAAUAUUAUAACAAAUAAAACUAUUUU